AAAUAUAGAAUUUAAAACUGUUAAUUCACGUCAAGACGUCAUAAAUCUCCCUUGUACCCCCUUUUCUGUUCAAAACCCUAAAAAAAUUGUUGAGUCGUCUGGCUGGCAUCUGCUUCUUCUUCACUCUUUCUCAUCUACUGAUCUGAAUCCAUAACCACAAUCAUGAGCGGAACAGAAGCCGUAGCAAGAGAGAAAGGCUCAUCAACAACCAAAACCCCUGCCGAUUUUCUCAAAUCCAUUCGUGGCAGACCUGUUGUUGUCAAAUUGAACUCUGGAGUCGAUUAUAGAGGUAUCUUGGCUUGUUUGGAUGGAUAUAUGAACAUAGCAAUGGAGCAAACCGAAGAAUAUGUUAAUGGACAACUAAAAAACAAAUACGGGGAUGCGUUUAUUCGAGGGAACAAUGUUCUUUACAUCAGUACAUCCAAGAGUACCCUUGCAGAAGGUGCCUAGUUCAAUUGCCGACUCCAGUCCAGUCCAGACCCGCCCCAUUUCAUGUCCAGUGUCUUUCUGUUUUCUAGAUAUUAUGUCACAUUGCUGGAACUAUUACUAUUACUACUUUUAUAAUUUGUGAUCAAGUUUGGGGAAGUGUUUUAAUGUAACAUCAAACAGUUGCUUCUUAGUUA